GCGCCACCUAAAGCCUGGCUUCUAACUGCGCAUGCGUCGUACUCCUUCCUACGGAUUUAGCGCCAUUUUCAGUCGUACCCGCAUUUUUAAACAAUAUUUUAUUUCCGUGUGUGUGUUUUCCCGCACCCGCAUUCUUACGCCGUCCUGCUGCUACCGAUCUAAGUCCCAAACGUGACAUGGCUCUGGUAUCAGCCGAUUCCCGCAUUGCUGAACUCCUGGGGGAGUUACAUCAGCUUAUCAAACAAACACAGGAGGAACGAUCAAGGAGCGAACACAACCUGGUGAACAUCCAGAAAACACAUGAGAGGAUGCAGACAGAAAAUAAAAUAUCUCCAUAUUAUCGGACCAAGUUACGGGGUCUCUACACAACAGCCAAAGCUGAUGCAGAAGCUGAAUGCAACAUCCUACGUAAGGACUUGGACAAAAUUGCUGAGAUUAAGUCUCUUCUAGAAGAACGUCGUAUUGCUGCCAAGAUCGCUGGCCUCUACAAUGACUCAGAGCCACCUCGCAAAACCAUGCGCCGUGGCGUGUUGAUGACGCUCCUCCAGCAGUCGGCCAUGACGCUUCCUUUAUGGAUUGGGAAGCCUGGGGAGAAGCCUCCCCCACUCUGUGGGGCCAUCCCUGCCUCUAGUGAUUACGUGGCCAAGCCAGGGGACAAGGUGGCAGCUCGUGUCAAGGCAGUUGAUGGGGAUGAGCAGUGGAUCUUGGCUGAGGCAGUGAGCUACAACCAUGCCACCAACAAGUAUGAAGUGGAUGACAUUGAUGAAGAAGGGAAAGAACGCCAUACCCUGAGUCGACGUCGCAUAAUCCCCCUGCCCCAGUGGAAAGCCAACCCUGAAACGGAUCCCGAGGCCCUCUUCCAGAAGGACCAGCUGGUCCUGGCUUUAUACCCACAGACUACCUGCUUCUACCGAGCACUUAUCCACACUCCACCACAGCGGCCCCAGGAUGAUUAUUCAGUGCUGUUUGAGGACACCAGCUAUGCAGAUGGCUACUCCCCACCCCUGAAUGUGGCUCAGCGCUAUGUGGUGGCCUGCAAAGAAACCAAAAAGAAGUGACACUGCUCUCUAGUGGUUGAUGCUGGUUUGAGAUGUCAAGGAACUAUUUGCCAACUGGACGUUUGCUGUCACAAAUUUAAGAAAGCUGAAACACUACAGCACAGACUUAUGAAGUUAGUAAAAAAAAACUCAGUGUGAUUCCAACUAUUACCUCUUCCAUCAGGACAAACUGUUGCAAUUUAUUAGAUAAGUGUUUCCAUUACAAGGAGUCAGUAGCUCCUUUUAGUUGUUGACAGUUUAGCCAUUGCAGUCGAUAUUUAUAGUUGAAAAAACCUCAAAUUGUUGGGAACAUUUUGGUGUAUAUAUAUAGUACAAUUUCCAUUUUGCAGAGAGUAAGGGCAAAUUACCCUCAUGAAACUGGGAAACCUACUAUUUUAAUUUUUUUAAUUAUUAUUUUUUUACUAAAAAGAACUUCUGUCUCGUCUUCCGACAUAGUUCUGUGGCCAGCUCCCACCAAAAGAACUACAAAUGCCACAAGUGUUAGGAAUCUCUAGGUCCUCCAGCACAUUGUGUGUUUACCUUCUGGACGAACUUGACCACAAAGUUGCACUGCAGAAUCUAGAGAUUCCUAUAUCCUUGACUCGUGCACUUGUUUGAUUUAUGUUGUGAAAUGCUGCCCUUUUGGCAUGAUCAUAUUUAAUAAAGCACUGUAUUUUCUAAUA